AUGAAUGGCAAUGUAAAUGGCACUCCCAUCAACCGUUUGCCGAUCAUGGCCAAAUCGGUGCUGGAUCUGUACGAGCUGUACAAUCUCGUUAUCGCACGCGGAGGGCUUGUCGACGUUAUCAACAAAAAGCUGUGGCAAGAAAUCAUCAAAGGACUGCAUCUACCUUCCAGCAUCACCAGCGCUGCAUUUACCCUACGAACACAGUACAUGAAGUAUCUCUAUCCGUACGAGUGCGAGAAGAAGAACCUGAGCACACCGGCAGAACUGCAGGCGGCCAUCGAUGGAAACCGGCGCGAGGGUCGUCGCUCUAGCUAUGGCCAGUUUGAUUCGCCCUCAGUGCAACGUUCGCCGAUUCCGCAAGGCAUUUCGCAGAUGCCGCCCCUGUCGCUGGUGUCGCACGUCAACCAGCAGCAGCACCAUCACCGGCUGCUGCCACCGGUCGGCCAAAUACCGAACAUGCUGCCGGCCGAGUUCGAGCAGCGCAUGCUGAACUACAUCAAGAUGUUCCAGCCGAAGGAGAUGGGCCGCUCGCAGAGCCCGGACAAGCUGUCCGCCCUGAACGCGAUCGACAUUUCGCGCGUCGCCCUGUGGAACAUGUACAACCCCAGCCCGAACAGUCCACCGAACUCGCUCAACACUAGCCCGGAAAACAAUAUGCAAAGUGCUCUCGAUCUGUCGGAAUCGCCCGAUCAUGCAAUGGCAGCGAUCAAGCGCGAACGGGACCAUCCGGUCGACUUUAGCGAUCCGCGUGACUACGGCAACGGGCUGGGACCGCCGGCCAAGCGCAGCCACCAUCAUCACCACUCGCACCAUCACAACCGCUCGCUAACGCCCCAGAAGCUAAACAGUUCCUCGCAGGACGAAGAUGACGCCCGGUCGGACACUACACCGGUCAACCUGCGCGAGAAUGGGUCGCACGGACGUCGUGCCACGCUCGACGACGACGGUGACGACGAGGAGGACGAAAUGGAGGACGAAACGACCGACGAGGACAUGCUGCGGGCAUCGUUUGCUGCGGCCGCCGCCGCCGCUGCCGUCAACCAGCACCCGCUCGCGCUCAGCCUUGCCGAUCACCAUCUUCAGCAGCAGCAGCAGCAGCAGCAGCAACAGCAGCAGCAGCAACGUGAGCGAGAACGUAUUCAGCAGCAGGUGGCCGCCCAGCAACAGCAGCAGCAGCAGCAGCAGCGCGAACAGCAACACAGUCUCGCCACGCUCGAUCUGAGCAUACUGGACCGCGAGCGGCUACGCUGUGACAGUGCCGACAAGCUGAAGCGCCAAAGCCAACAACAGCAGCAACAGCAGCAACAGCAACAACAGCAGCAGCUGUUGGAUCAGCAUCAUCUGCACCAAAGGCAAUUGCAGCACCAGCAGCAGGCGCGUGUUGCGCGCGAGCUACGCAAGCACGAGAACGGUGAUCGGCUCAGCCUGACGCCGGACAGCAGCGAGCUGCUGCAUCACUCGAAGAAUCAUCUAUCGACGAGCGGUGGCGGUGGUGGCGCCGGUAGCGAUCCGUUCAGCUCUCCGCUUGGCAUUACCGGCAUGCAGUUUAAGCUGAUCAGUCGAGGUGACGCUAGCAAAGGCGACCAGAAGCUGGUGGUCACGAUGGAGUUCAAUGGCGUCCAGUACGAGGGUGUCCUGUUCGCGAACCCGCUCUCCUCCGCCAACCUGUCAGCGCCGCCGGCCUCGACGCCGCCCUCCUCGUCCGUGUCGGCUACCUCGGCCUCCCCGAUCGGUUCCAUGGUAUCGCCGGUCAAGUCCAGUGCUGCCGCCCACAUCGCGUCACCCCUCGACGAGCGUGAUUCGUCCGCGGCGAACAUUGACGUGGCGGCGAUGGGCAGUGCACUGGCAGCAACCGUGACCAGCAACGCCAGCAGUAGUGCCACCUGCAUCCAGCAGCAACCACUGGACGGUGCAGUAACGCCACCAGCAGCCCUCUCGAUCACUGCACCUUCGGUUGGUGCGGCAAGCCCUGCCAGAUCGUUAAUUUCAUAGGCUGGCAAAGACACUUCGACGACCUCCCUCCCAAGCGCUCUCUUUUCCCUUCACUCUCUCUCACUCUCUCUGUCUAACUCUUCUUCUCUCUUUGUCAAGGCAAGAGAACGGCUCGCUGAAAAGGAUAUAAAAACGAUAGGAUUACAACAAAAGGCGCUCUCUUCUAUAUGAUCCUCACCUCGCUUCUGGUUUAGCGUUUAAAUGCGUUGCAUGUCCGCUUUCCCUCUUUGUUUGUGCCCCGGGGAGGGGAGGGGGGGAUGGGAGGAUUGGAAUCUUAGCAGUAGCUCCGAUAGAGAUGCUAUUUUAUUUUUUAAUGUAAACACACACACACACGUACAUACAACAUGUACACGAAUGUUUGUAAGCAAAGGGAGUAACUUAUACUGUUAGCAAGGUUAGCGCGUAAACGAAUUGCGAUUGAUAAGGGCCGCCCCUUCCUAUACCGUUUUAUCGACUUGACAUGAUAUCCUUGUAGAGUUCACACACAAAUACACACACAUACACGGUUUAUGAUAUAUUAUAUACAUAGAAGAUACGUUUUUUAUCAUUUUAUCCGCAUAACGCGCGGAGUGUUAAGCGUAAGGUGAUCGUCAAUAAUGUUGUCCUCUCGAAAUGUUUCUCUUAAAAAAACUGUUCCAUAAUGCAGCUUAAGCAUUCGAGUGCAUGUCACAGUGUGCAGCAUUAUGCAAUUAAGGCGAGACACUGAGAGGAGGGAUUAAGGAUAUAAGGAGAGCGAGUGCAUUAUAAAACGACUUACUCUCUAUCUCUCUCACAUACUGAACGAUGAUCAAAAUGUAACUGAUAGCGAACAAAAAGCGCAUCGAGAAUUGAGGGGCAGAAGAUGCAUAGAAAGCUUAACGAAUAUAGUCUCUAGCCUAGGAGUGUUCGAUGGUAUAGUUUUUUUUUUUGUGGUAGUGUUAGUAGCAAGUAGGAAUGUUUUACGAAAAUGUCUUCUUUACUUAACUUUUAUUGCAAUGUUGUGCGUGUAUUCUUUUUAAUUAUAUCGAACGCGUUCGAAAGCGCAUUUGGAUAGGCUUAGAGAAGGGACAAACAGAGGAGAGAGUGUGAGAGAGAAAUAAAGAGAGAGACACAGAGAGAGAAACAGAGGCAAAUGUCCUGAGAUACUAAACCCUCGCGAACGAUUUAAUUAAGUGCUUAAGUUUUACUCUUACUGUCCCUUUUUAUUUCGCAUUAAAGUUGUAAACCCAUCGGAUACACACAUAGUUAGGUGGAGAUGGCAAAUAGUUUUAUUAUCAUCUUUUUUCUUCCUUCUUUUGCAUUCUUCGCUACUUUUCCUUUUUUGUUUUUAAUUUGCUCUUCUUCCGAACCAAAAAUUAUGUUUAAUAAGCCAAUGAACGAUUGCGACGUGUACGAUUUUCUUUAACUUACACUGUGUUAAGUGUGCUUUUUUUUCUACGAACCUAUUUCCCUUAUUUACUUCUACCUUCUCCUGUACAAA